AUGUACGACUCUGAUUCUGAUGUUGAAGUGGAUGUUCAAGACAUUCCACUAAAGAAGAAGCCUACUUCUAGUAAGCCUGCUUCUAGAGUCCCUGAUGUGCCCAUAGACAAUAUUUCCUUCCAUUCUACUUCGAGUGUCAACAGGUGGAAAUAUGUCUACCAAAAGAGACCGGCUCUUGAGAGAGAAUUAGUUCAGAAUGCUCUUGAAUGCAAAGACAUAAUGGAUCUGAUUCAUGGUGCUAGUCUAAUGAAAAUUGUUGUCCAUUUGCCUAAGUGCUAUGAAAGGCUGGUGAAAGAAUUCAUUGUGAACCUCUUUGAAGAGUGUGUUGAUGGAAAGUCUAAGGAGUUUAGGAAGGUGUAUGUGAGGGGCAGGUGUGUUACUUUUUCCUCCACUGUGAUAAAUAACUAUUUGGGGAGGUAUGAUGAAGCUCAACCCGAGUUUGAAGUCUCUGAUUACAAGGUAUGCCAAUUUAUCACUGCCAACCAAGUCAAGAGUUGGCCUUUAAAAGGGAAGUUGUCUGCUAGUAAGCUAAGCAUGAAGUAUGCCAUGUUGCAUAAGAUUGGUGCUGCAAAUUGGGUGCCCACAAAUCAUAAAUCUACCAUUGCUAUUGUCCUAGGAAUAUUUAUCUAUGUUGUUGGUACAAAAGCCAAGUUUGAUUAUGGUACCUACAUAUUUGAGCAAACUAUGAAGCAUGCUGGAAGCUUCAGUGUAAAAGGCCCUAUAACUUUUCCAUCUCUCAUAUGUGGCAUUAUCUUGAACCAGUACCCAUGCAUCUUGGUUGAAAAUGACUCUAUCUGCAAAAGGGAAAGUGUUAUUUCAUUUCAUUAUAAACUGUUUCAAGGAACCCAUGCUCCUGAAAUUGUCAUGACAUCAGUUGGGACAUCCAAAGGAAGCUCCACUACAGGAAAAGCUGUAGUGGUUGCAAUGCUCAGGGAAACAUGCAAGGAGCUGGAGUCCAGAAAGCUGGCUCUUGAAAAACUGAUCAGCUCUCUUGAAAUGGAAGAAGGUGCUGAGUUUACUGAGAAUGAAGAAGCAGGUCUUGAGGCAAAUGAUGAACAGGAGGCUGGUUCGGAUGAAGUGGAAGCAGAGGAGGCCAUUCUUGAUGAUGGCACAGAUAAAGAAGUUGAUGGGGAUGGCUUUGAGUCUGAAGACUAG